AUGUCAACGGUAAAGGAACUCUUGAAGGAGGCAAAGACUGAGCUGGCUAGAGAGGACUAUGAAGAAGCUGUCAGUAUAUCGAAAAAAGUGCUGAAUCUCGACCAAUCUAACUAUUUUGCUCAGGUAUUCCUAGGUAAGUCAUACUCCUGCAUUGAAGGAAAGAGUAAGGAUUCUGUUGAACACUAUAAAGCAGCCAUUGAGCUAGCUCCAGACAAUCUACUGGCCUGGAAGGGUCUCAUCCAAUUUUUGAACAGUCCAAAUAUAGUGCCCGACGUGGUAUCUUACGAUGAAUACUUCGAUCUCAGUAGUGAAUACGCCCGACUGUUACUUGAACAAGAACAAUCGCAAGUGGAACUAAUUCAUAACAUACGCACAUUCAUCAAGAAAGUCCCAGGUAGUAAGGAAUCCUUCCUUUGGCAUAUGAUCCCUGGUUCGCCAACGGCGGAAAGACUUGGCCGCCAUUUAAUUACUCCUCAGGAGGCUCUAAGAAAACUAAUUUCGAUUUUAGAUGCAAAUCAAAAGGUUCAUAUCUCAAAGAUUGUCAGUCGUGAGAGGUUAAAGUUGAGCGCUCAGGAUCCCGAGUACCAGAUGAAAAUGAACUCUCUGGCUUGGGAUGUUUACAAGGAUUCAAGGAUCGAGUUUCUGUACAAUCAGCUGGUGAACAUUACUGAUGAUGAUGAUUUGAGAGCUGAACUUGAGAGUGAAUGGUUAGAAUAUAGAAUUUUGGUACUCAAAUCCAUGCCUAAAGAGUUGAAAAGCUCAUAUUUUAUAGACGUCAAAAGAAUGGUAGAAGACAUGGUGUUGGUGGAUCAUAGGUCACCGUUAGCAUGGAAAUUGUUUUUCGAAUGGCAAGAUUACUCAGAUCUAGAUAAUAUGGAUCAGCAACUCAUCUUGAAAUUUUUCAAGAAAUUUCCCAUAGAGCCCUUGGCAAUCAUACUUUAUGCUUGGUUAUCGUCAAUCUUUUCGAAAUAUGAUAUGAAGAAGCUCAAUAUUACACCUAAUCAAUCGAUAGAGCACGAAGAUGCCCGAGAUUUGGCUGACUUCGAUGAGGGCGAAAAGAAUGCCCUCAAUGAAAUGAUGGAGAAGGAGAACGAGGUUGCAGGUCUUUUAGAAGAAGAAGUUGUUGAUGCGUUGCUCGAAAAUAUAUCAAAAGCUCAAAACAGUAUCCUCGCUAAUCGUGUGGUUUCGCAGUACUACGUCUAUUCAAGAGAGUAUGAAGCUGCCUUACCAUACGUUAAAACUGGUAUAUCUGUGAUUGCAUACAAAAUCAGAGAUUUGGGGGGUCGAUUCGUCAACUCUAAGAAGCAAUUUACCUUGAGUCUAGCGAUUUUAUAUACUUACAUUGAUGCUCCGAAGAAUCAUAAUGCGGCAAUGAGCUUAUUCGAAAAGGUGCUGACAGAUGAUCCAGAAAACACACAUGCAAAGUUGGGGAAAGGCCUAAUUUUUGUUGAAAGAGAAGAAUGGGCCAAUGCGAAUGCUUUACUGAAUGAAGUUGCUCUGGAGUUUCCAAAUAAUAUGGAGGUGAUGUCUGAACUGGGAUGGAAUGAAGCACAGCUUGGUAAUUUGGAACAUGCCUUGUCUAUCUUCAAGAGUGUUUUAGAGAAUAUUGAGGGAACGGACCUUCGUGCGGUUGAAUUCAGAGCUUUGAAUAUAUGGAGACAAGCUAAAGUGCAUAUCAUGAUCGAACAACGGGAGCCAACCAAAGACCACGAUAACGUGAGAUAUGCUUUUAAGCAGCUGGUGAGCUCUAUUAAAAUCUUGGAUACAUUUUCUGCCAGUUAUUCCACUCUGGGUGAUAUUUACUCAAUCUUCUUUUCGGAUAAGGCCAGAGCUUUUAAGUGUUAUUACAAAGCUUUUGAACUUGAUGCGGGGGACAUCGUUGCUGCCAAGUACAUGUCGGAAAACUAUGCUGAUUUGUCUAACUGGCAAGCUGCCUCCACUGUUGCGAAAAGGCUGUUGGGCUCAGAAAAGGCUAAACGGAAAUCAAAAGAAGUUAAUUGGGCAUAUAGGGUUGUGGGGAUAUUUUACCUAGAAACUCAAGAAGAAGCAUCUUCUAUUGAAUGGUUUCAAUCUGCUCUACGAAUUGACCCCAAAGAUGUUGAGUCAUGGGUCGGUUUAGGUCAAGCAUACUACGCUUGUGGUCGUAUUGAAGCUUCUAUGAAAGUUUUUGAAAGGGCUUUGGAAUUAGAUUCUGAGCAUCAGCAUUGUCGGUACCUCAAGGCACAAUCGUUGGCAGCUCUUGGUCAGUUUGUUGAUAGUAUUCAAGUCUUGAGAGAUAUCGCGGCUGUUGCCCCAUCAGAAGAGAUUUAUCAGGUUGCACUAGCUAGUGCAUUGGUGAGUUAUGCACUUGAUCUUUAUUCUCAAGGACUUUUAAAGAAGGCGAUGUCAGUUGCUGAAAAUGUAAUCGAGGUACUUCAGUACGCAACCACAGAAUUAGGAUGUCACGCACAGAACUUAUGGCUGGCACUGAUGAGGUCAUUGAAUCUCUAUGUGCUAGUCGCCUCGGAAGUUGAUAGACUACCUAUAGAGUCCUUAGUCUCAAUCUGCAAUAGCGCUAAAAUAUCAGAUUUUACUAAGGAGCUUGACGAUCAAGAUGAGGUCACAUUGGAUAACUUGCUUUCUGGGAAUGACGAUAGUAACAUAUCCAUUGCUUGUAAGUUCUUGAUCCUAUCAGCCAAGUAUGCGGUCUCUACAGCCGCUUUUGAUCAGCUCCCUAGGACCGCAAGGUCGUCGCUGUGGUAUAAUGUUGGGAGCGCGGAGCUGACAGCCUACAAUAUUUCUAAACAAAUGAACUAUAGGGACGCCGCUAUCACUUCUUACAAGAAAUCUAUCCAAUACCAAUCCAACACACCCGAAUCGUGGAUCGGUUUGGGGAUAGCAACUAUGGACGUUAACUACAGGGUUGCACAACAUUGCUUUAUCAAGGCCUCUGCACUUGCGCCCAAGGAAUUGGAUGUGUGGUUCAAUCUAGCAAUGCUGGCUUUAAAGAACAACGAUGUGGAGUUUGCGAGAGAAGUGCUCAAGAGGUCCCAAAGUCUUUCUCCGCAAAGUUCCUCACCAUGGUUAGGGAUUGCUCUCAUCAACGAGAGGGAAGGAGAUCUUGUGGAAAGCUACAAAAUGUUUGGUCAUGCAUUCGUACUGUCCAAUGGGAGAUCCAAGGCAGCUCAACUGCUUUAUGCAAAAAGCGUUCUCCAGCAUCGUAUCGGUAAUUCGACCGAUGAGAGAGACCUAGAGGUUGUCGAAGAAUUGACAGCGGCGGCCUAUGGUCUAGACCAAUAUUUCAAAGAGAACCCUGAUGACGACUUCGCCCUCCAAUGUGCUCUACUCAUCUUUGAAAGGCUCCGCAUAUUCUCUAAAGCGCAAGAUGCUGCGUUGAAACUGGCAGAAUCUUUGGAAGCAAAGUUUGAGAGAGCUCAAGACGAAAAAGCUCUGUUCAAUUAUGCUGUUAUCAAGUCACAAACUGCUCGUAUCCAGUUAGGCUUUGGAAAUUAUACGGCGGCCAUUGAUGAUGCGAAUGUAUCUCAAAGUGUUUUGACGGAAUUCGAUGAUGAUGAGAGAUCCACGGUGACUCUAUCGAACCAUGUGUCUCUGGCGUUGGCGUAUUUUUUCUCUGGUGACUUUGACGAAACUUUACAGCAUCUUCAGGAGCUGUUAAAGUUAUCAAAAAUCUCCAGGCAUCUAAUAAUCUUGAUAGCGAAGAUUCUGUAUGAGGUUGGGUCAGAUGACGCAAAAGAUAUUGCCUUGGAAGAGUUGAUGGAGUAUGUGGGAGUUAAUGGAGCCGAUCUGCCAGUAAGUCUCACAAUUGCGGCAAUAUCCAUACUUGAAAAUAGGAAAGGUGAUCUGAAUACCAUUCUUGCCGAGUUUACUGAACUACCUCUGUCAGAUCUCAUCGCCGACAAACACAGAGAUGUUCCUUAUUUGAUAGAGCAGAUAAAGAACCGUCUUGAAAUACAGACCGACGCGAAAAGCACAUGGCAAAGAGCUUGCUUCCUAUUCAUGAAUGAUCAUAAGGCUUGGUUGUCUGUUGACCAGAAGAUUGAACAAAGAAUUAGUGCUGAUGGUCAGAAUAAGGUCACAGCUCAGCAGCUAAGUGAGUCCUACUGCGCUCAGAGAGACUUAAGAACUAUUCAAAGAAGUCUGUUCCUCUGCCCCACUAACCUUACGGCUCUACAAUCUUUAAGACAGUGUUUCUAG